CUUCAGCAAUCCCUUUAUUUAGUUCUUGGAGUCGUCUUUUCGGUAACGUUGAAAAAGAAACUUCGGGAUCCUGAUAAUUUCAUUCGAAGAAAUCUCAUUUCAAGCUUCAUCGGUACGGCGAAUUUCUCACCGGCGUCGACGAUGCAGAACGGGGAUUACGGUACUGCUCCCUAUUUCCAAUACCCAAAUCUUCAAAACCUUACCCUCAAUCCAAGCCCUAAUCCAGUUCCCACUCCCUCCGAUCGCAACCAGAGCGCUUACGCCUCCGCGCCGCCCUUCUCCACCAAUUACGGGGUCUCCGAUUACCCUUCUUAUGCCCCUAAUUAUCCCCCCUACUCCCAGAAUCCCGAUCCCGUCCCUGCCUCUCCGACUGCUCCUCUUUACAAUCCUCCGUCAUCGAAUCCUAAUCUUCAGACAUUCAAUCCCACUCCUCAACCACCUGCUUUCCCUCCGUUUGAGUCUCAUGUGCCUUAUCAAUCUCCUUCUCAGUCGCAAUCGUAUCAUUCAACCUAUGAUCAGCAUCAGACGGCUUCCAAUUAUGGCCCCCCUCCACCUCCACCUUCAUCAAUUCCCAUGAAUCAGAGCUCUAAUUCUACCCCUACUCCUAAUUCUCCGUUCUCCUCCAUGUAUUCUGCUCCCUUUGGCUCUUUGGCUCCCCCGUCGUAUGAAAACCCAUAUGAAAGUUCGGUGAAAUUUGAACAAGGAGGCGGAUUUGGUGAUGAUAGAUAUGGAGGUUACGGUCGAAGCCGGUCUGAGUUUGGUUCGGAGUUGUACGGUAAGCGGCCGGAGGACGCGGCACCGCGCUUUGACUCUGGCUAUGAUGACGGUUAUGGCGAUGGAGUCUAUGCUUACCAAGGUGGCAAAGUUGAGCCUUAUGGAGCUCGCGGUACAGCUUCGAAGUCUUCGACAUGGUCUGCUGCGGCGCCUGCUUUUGAUGAUUAUGGGAGGCCCAUCAGUAUUCCUCCGAAGAAAGACCCGCCGGCGAGUUCACUGAAAGUAGUCAGGGCGAUCCCUAAAGUGGAAGCUCAAGAAGACGUCAAAGAUUGGGUGCAGAAGUUCCGGGUGAAGCUCUUGGCUGAAAGUGGAGGUCAGAGCACCAUGGAUGUACUUUGUCAGGUUGGUUUAGAUGGUAUUCGGAUGCUUGAUCCAAAUUCUAGUCGGACACUAAGGAUAUAUCCUCUUGAGACCAUCACCAGAUGUGAAGUAUAUGAUUCAUCUACCCUGGCUUUCUGGUCCAAGAGCUCUGUGGAUAUUGAGCCACGGCGUAUUAGAUUGCAGUCAAACAAGUACACUACCAACACGCUUCUGGACACAGUGACUGCUGCAACUGUACAGUUUAAGGAAAUGGGCGGUAGAAGUAGGCCUGCUGAAUCUUUUAAGGCGCCUGAACAGGCUACAGAGAAGAAGAAAGGGUUGGUUGAUUGGGUGAACCUGAUAAAGCCAGGCAACGAGGAGAAAGACCAUUGGGUACCUGAUGAAGCAGUCACAAAAUGUACAGCAUGUGGGACAGACUUUGGGGCUUUCGUACGAAGGCAUCACUGCAGAAAUUGUGGAGACAUUUUCUGUGAUAAAUGCACUCAAGGUAGAACAACUCUGACUGCUGAGGAGAAUGCUCCUCAAGUUCGAGUUUGUGACAGAUGCAUGGCGGAAGUGACUCAGAGGCUCGCCAAUGCCAAGGAAUUGGCCAGUAAGCCUGGAGGGUUGCAUAGCCAUGAGGAUCUUGCCAAAAAACUUAAGGACGAAAUGGAGAGAAACCGUAGGUCAUCAGGAUCCAAGUCUGACGGAUCUGGGAAACGGAUGAAGGAAGUUGCAUGCCCGACUUGUACUGUUCAUUUACAGGUCCAGGUUCCAAGCUCAGGUUCUGAGACGAUUGAGUGUGGGGUUUGCCAGCAUCCGUUCCUUGUCAGCGCUCACUGACUCCUCCUACAACGAACGUUCUUAUAGGAAUGUGGUUUCGUAGAAUGGGUUGUUCAUUAUGAUAUUUUCUGUGUUUUAAGUUUCCAAAUAAUUGGGCCUUUCUUUUUUUCUUUUUAUAUUAUAUUUGUUCAUGGUUCUCUCUCAAAGGCCUUGAGCUUCAAUAGCUUGAUAUCAGUUGUGGUUCCAUACUAUUGUUUUGUAAAUGGAGUUUGUCUUUCAUGAAAACACACGGCUAUUUUGAUGUACAAUGUUAUGCUCCCUACCUUACUAUUUAUACUCA